AUGCCGUCGGGGAAGUCACCCGUGGGCGAGUCUGCCCCGGACCUCGAAAUCGUUGGUGACCAGGUUACCAUCCAUCCCAGCGGCUACACUGGCGGUCCAGAGCCACAAGAUGGAGGAAUCACGGAGCGGAACCUCAUCAAUAACAUGGCGCGGUUUCGCGAGAGCCCGUUCGAUUUCCUGCGCGAAGUGAGCUCGUACAUGACGGGGACUGGAUGGCGCGCCUACGACGACAUCAUUGGUCAGCCUAUAUACUAUACGGGUUUCUCGGAGCAAAUCAAAUCGCAUAUUUUGGCGAGCCCAAUGCUGCAGGCCAAGAUCACGGAGCUUGCGGAGGCACGUCUGGCUGUGGAGGAUAAAGAGGGUCUCUUGCAGAUCAAGACUGGGGCAUUUGCGCGGACGCGGACGCAGCGAAGGAAUGAGCUGGAGAAUAACCUUAAUGAGGUGGUGGAUACCAUGCUGGAUAAUAUGAUCUGUAAGAUGGAGAGCAAAAGGUUUAUCCGCGGCGCAUACUACCUUGCGACGCAGCUUCUUACCCGAGCCUAUCACCAAGGCAUUCACGUAUCUAGUGAAGAAGUCGUAAGAUUACGAGGCGUUGCGGAGGAAGCAGCAAAGAAGAAGCAGUCGAUCGUUUUCCUUCCGUGCCAUAAGUCGCACGUUGACUACGUUUCUCUCCAGAUCAUCUGUUACCGCCUGGGAAUUGCUUUGCCUGUGGUUGUGGCAGGAGACAACUUGAAUAUCCCACUAGUUGGUGCAUUCCUGCAGCAUGCAGGCGCAAUGUGGAUUCGCCGGAGCUUCGGAAACGAUCCGCUAUACAUUACCGUCGUUCAAGCGUAUAUCGACACAAUCCUACAACAAGGUUACAACUUCGAAUGUUUUAUUGAAGGUGGACGCUCGCGAACUGGGAAGCUCCUGUCGCCUAAAUUUGGAAUUCUAAGCUUCAUCGUGGAUAGCUUGCUAUCAGGUCGCGUUGAGGAUACUAUCAUAUGCCCUGUCAGCACACAAUACGACAAGGUGAUUGAAACUGAGUCCUACAUUAGCGAACUUCUUGGCCAGCCUAAGCGCAAGGAGAACCUUGCCGAUUUCCUCUCUUCUUCGUCGGUCUUGUCUCUGAAACUUGGACGAGUAGAUGUUCGAUUCCAUAAACCUUGGAGUUUGAGGGAGUUUAUCGGUCAGCAAUUAUCCAGAUUACCUGACCAGUUGCAGCUGGAUAGGGGCCUCAAGCUCAGCCACUCUGACCGGGGGCGUGUCUUGAGGUCAUUAGGAUACAGAGUACUGUCUGAUAUCAAUGACGUUUCGGUUAUGAUGCCCACAGCUUUGGUUGGAACCGUUCUACUGACUCUCCGUGGACGCGGAGUGGGCAAAGGCGAACUUGUUCGGAGAGUGGAAUGGAUUUGUGACCGCGUACGAAACAAAGGUGGACGGGUCGCGCACUUUUACCGAUAUCCGACAGAGGUGGUUGUGGAUCGUGCCCUUGAUGUUCUAGGACCGAAGAUCGUAGGCGAGGUAAGUGGCUUGGUCGAGCCGACAUACUUCGCCGUAGAUCGCUUCCAGCUUUCAUUCUACCGCAACAUGACUAUCCACCUGUUCAUCACCGAGGCACUCGUGUCGGCAGCGAUGUAUACAAGGGUGAAGCAAGGAGGCGGGCCCUCACAUCAACGGAUCUCUUAUGGCGACCUUCUGCAUCAUGUCACCUUCCUCUCUCAGCUUUUCCGUGGCGAAUUCAUCUUCCCACCUGAGGGUCUGACUACGAACUUGGAAAACACCCUGAGAGUACUCGAGAAAGACCAAGUCAUCACUGUUACCCGAGACUCCGCCAGCCUGCCGCUAUUUGUCGAGCUCUCGGAGCAUGAACGCUAUUGUGGACGCGAGAACUACGAUUUCUACUGCUUCCUCAUUUGGCCGUUCAUCGAAGCGUCAUGGCUAGGCACGGUCUCUCUCCUAGGACUUACUCCCCCUCUUGACGGGCCAAAAGACGCGUGGAUCGAUUUGAGCAAGGCACAGAACAAUGCACAAUUGCUCGGAAAAACACUCUACCACCAGGGCGACCUUUCGUAUUUCGAAGCAGUCAACAAAGAGGCAUUGAAGAACUCGUAUGACCGAUUCGCCGAAGAAGGCAUCAUCCUCGUCGCAAAGAGCAAAGAAGCUCGGGCACCCGCGAAGAUGAGGCUCGCCCCUGAAUGGACACCGGAGCGGGAUCCAGCAACCGGAAAACUCCUGCCCCAGGGCCGCCUCUGGGACUUUAUGGAUUCGAUCGCGCAAUCCAGGCGUGAAGGGAAAAACCGCCGCGAUGGAGCAACCGUUUCGUCUCGUGUUCUGGCCAUGUCCGACAACGCUGGUCGAACGUUGUUCGGUGCCGCUGAAGGCUCAGUUAGUGAUGUUGAUGUUUCGACAAAAGCGCCACGCAGAAAGGCGAUUAGCCCUACGGCCAAGUUAUAA